UAUAAGGUAGGAUCUAGAAGGAAACACACUCGUUUUGAAAAUAAAUCGCGUUAUACUGAACCACCGAAUCACAAAUAGAUAGAACAUGACAAACUGCAUAUGUUGCGUCGUUUUAUGAAUACAAUCCAAACGCAGAAUUCAGUCUUAUAGCGCCUUGUUGGAACAAAACAUCCAGAAAAUCAGUCCAUCUUUAUUAUUUUAGCUUGACUCCGCCUUCCUACCUGCAAAUCUGGCUUGCAAUCUUUUUUAGCAGAUCUGACAGCAGCUAUCAGCUGUGCGCACAAGGGAAGCCGAAGGGAGUGAGUGGGAAAGGCGACAGCGACUAUAAACAGUGUUCGAGAAAGAAAGAGAAACGCAGUAUAAACCACGACUUCUGCAACGAGAUGGAGAAAACUAAGAGAGAAGAGAUCUCUACACAGGUGUAAACCCUUAAGAGUCAAAAGGAGAACGCUGAUUACCGUUUUAAGGCGAUUGUUUCCUAGAUAAAGAAAGAUAGGUCGCAAACAAGCAACCGAUUGAAGUACAUUUUUGCAGCAUUCACUGUACAGCUAUAACGGCAUCAAAAUGAAGAACUGUCUAUGGAAAUAAUCUUCAAGAUUUGGAAAAUGCCUAAUUUUACAUAAAUGAAAAUAUAGACAUUUUUAAGGGCGAGUUUAAUGCGUUUUGCACAAGGAGACGGAUAAGCAAUCUGUUUUGAUGUUUUGUUCGCCUGUGCGUCACAGGUUUUAGGGGAAAUCGAUUUGCAGAAGAAAUUGGGGUAAAGAAUAGCUGUGAAGGGAAUCCAGGACUUCCAACUAGCAUGACUGAUGGUUGGGUUUGGGGGCGCUGGCAGGAGCCCUCCAAAGGCCCUGGAUGCUAGCUAUCACAGAUAGCAACAUUUCCGAAGGCAUCAACAGCACUAUAUUCAUGAGUAAUAGUAUCAAUGAUAAUAUAAAGUCGGACUCCAUGUAUAUAUCCAAGAUGGAUGCAGUUGUCAUCCUUUACUCUGGAGACGUGCAUUGCGAUAGCAAUGGCCAGCGUAUGUGGUGGGCUUUCCUUGCUUCAUCCAUGGUUACGUUCUUCGGGGGUCUAUUUAUCAUUCUUCUCUGGAGGACCCUCAAUUACCUGUGGACUGUUUGCUGUCACUGCAAUGUCAAAAACAAGGAAGCGCAGAAGGUUAACAGUGGUGCAGGCAAUCAGGCUGACGGGUCUCCUAAAAAUGCAGAUGAAAAGGAGGAGACCCCAGCAAGUGAAGUGGGCUGGAUGACCUCGGUUAAAGACUGGGCUGGGGUUAUGAUCUCUGCGCAAACUUUGACUGGCAGAGUUCUUGUUGUCUUAGUCUUUGCUCUCAGCAUUGGUGCACUUGUAAUAUACUUUAUAGAUUCUUCUGACCCCAUAGAAUCCUGUCAGAAUUUCUACAAAGAUAUCACUUUACAGAUCGACAUGGCGUUCAACGUUUUCUUCUUACUGUACUUCGGGCUGCGUUUUAUUGCAGCCAAUGAUAAAUUAUGGUUCUGGCUGGAAGUAAACUCAGUAGUAGAUUUCUUCACUGUGCCGCCGGUGUUCGUGUCCGUAUAUUUAAACAGAAGUUGGCUUGGUUUGAGGUUUCUGAGAGCAUUAAGAUUAAUACAGUUCUCAGAAAUUUUACAGUUUUUAAAUAUCUUAAAAACUAGUAAUUCCAUCAAACUGGUUAACCUGCUGUCAAUAUUUAUAAGCACAUGGCUCACGGCGGCAGGAUUCAUUCAUUUGGUAGAAAACUCAGGAGACCCUUGGGAAAACUUCCAAAAUUCCCAACCACUUAGUUAUUGGGAAUGUGUCUAUUUACUUAUGGUUACUAUGUCCACUGUCGGUUAUGGAGAUGUUUAUGCAAAAACCACUCUUGGACGCCUUUUCAUGGUCUUCUUCAUCCUCGGUGGUCUGGCCAUGUUUGCCAGCUACGUCCCUGAAAUCAUAGAAUUAAUAGGAAACCGCAAGAAAUAUGGUGGUUCCUAUAGUGCGGUUAAUGGAAGAAAGCACAUAGUCGUCUGUGGUCACAUCACACUUGAAAGUGUAUCCAACUUCCUCAAAGACUUCCUGCACAAGGACAGGGAUGAUGUCAAUGUAGAAAUUGUUUUUCUCCAUAAUAUCUCCCCUAAUCUUGAGCUGGAAGCCUUAUUUAAGCGGCACUUUACUCAGGUGGAAUUUUACCAGGGAUCGGUUCUGAACCCCCAUGACUUAGCCAGAUUGAAGAUAGAGCAGGCAGAUGCAUGUCUAAUCCUCGCUAAUAAAUACUGUCCAGAUCCUGAUGCUGAAGAUGCCUCCAACAUAAUGAGGGUUAUUUCUAUUAAAAAUUAUCAUCCAAAGAUACGAAUCAUCACACAGAUGUUACAGUACCAUAAUAAGGCCCAUCUGUUAAACAUUCCAAGUUGGAACUGGAAAGAGGGGGAUGAUGCAAUCUGCCUUGCUGAACUUAAACUGGGGUUCAUAGCCCAAAGCUGUUUGGCUCAAGGCCUCUCCACAAUGCUAGCCAACCUCUUCUCCAUGAGGUCAUGUAUCAAGAUUGAAGAGGACACUUGGCAGAAAUACUAUCUUGAAGGUGUUUCCAAUGAAAUGUACACAGAGUAUCUAUCCAAUGCCUUUGUGGGUUUAUCCUUCCCUGUGGUUUGUGAACUGUGUUAUGUGAAGCUGAAGUUGUUAUUGAUAGCCAUUGAAUACAAGUCCGACAAAAGGGAAAGCAGAAGCCGAAAGCGUAUCCUCAUCAACCCUGGGAACCAUGUAAAGAUGCAGGAAGGUACUUUAGGAUUCUUUAUUGCCAGCGAUGCCAAAGAAGUAAAAAGGGCAUUUUUCUACUGCAAAGCUUGUCAUGAUGACAUCACAGAUCCAAAAAGGAUCAAAAAGUGUGGCUGCAAACGAUUAAAGGAAGACGCUAGACCAGCUGACCAAACUCAAUCCUAUAAAUCCUACAACACACCUAAUGCGCUUCUCAAUGCCAAAUGUUUUGAAGAGCCUGUUCUUCUAGUUAAUAAUCGUAAAGGAAGCCUGUACCUGCCCAGCGACCCCUCUGUGCUUCGCCAUAGCCUAAUGAACCCCAGUGAACCAGGAAGACCAGCCCCCAGCAGGUUGCAGCGGGCACACAGUUUGCCUGUGAAAUACAGAUACCAUUCUGGUAGCUCAGCGGUGAAUCACAGCCUCUUCGAAGAUGAGCAUCCAUCAACACUGUCGCCUAAAAAAAAGCAGCGGAACGGAGGCAUGCGAAAUUCACCCAAUUCUUCACCCAAAAUGAUAAGACACGAUCCCUUGCUCAUUCCGGGAAAUGAACAAAUCGAUAACAUGGAUGCUAAUGUGAAAAAAUAUGACUCCACUGGGAUGUUUCACUGGUGCCCAUCCAAAGACAUUGAGAAGGCUAUCCUGACACGGAGUGAAGCUGCAAUGACAGUUUUAAGUGGGCAUGUGGUGGUCUGCAUAUUUGGAGAUGUCAAGUCUGCACUAGUGGGGUUACGGAAUCUUGUGAUGCCUUUACGAGCAAGUAAUUUCCACUACCAUGAGCUGAAGCCCAUUGUGUUUGUGGGCUCUUUGGAAUACCUAAGGCGGGAAUGGGAAACUCUACUCAAUUUCCCCAAGGUUUCGAUUUUACCAGGUACACCAUUAAGCCGGGCUGAUUUAAGGGCUGUCAACAUCAACCUCUGUGACAUGUGCGUGAUCCUGUCAGCCAAUCAGAACAAUAUCGAUGAUGCUUCGCUGCAGGACAAGGAAUGCAUCUUGGCAUCACUCAACAUCAAAUCUAUGCUGUUUGAUGACAGCAUUGGGGUCUUGCAGGCUAAUUCCCAAGGUUUUACACCACCUGGAAUGGAUAGAUUCUCUCCUGAUAACAGCCCAGUUCAUGGUUUAGUUCGACAGCCUUCCAUAACUACAGGAGCCAACAUCCCAAUUAUUACUGAGCUAGCUAAACCUGUCAAAAUACUGCCCAUGGUUUCAUUCAGUCAGGAAAAAAACUGUGGAACCAACAUUCAAAUGAUAACUGAACUGGUAAAUGACUCCAAUGUUCAGUUUUUGGACCAAGAUGAUGAUGAUGAUCCUGAUACAGAGCUGUAUCUUACUCAACCUUUUGCUUGUGGGACAGCAUUUGCCGUCAGUGUGUUAGAUUCCUUAAUGAGUGCAACAUACUUCAACGAUAAUAUCCUCACAUUGAUUCGGACAUUAGUAACAGGCGGAGCUACACCAGAGCUGGAGGGUCUUUUGGCUGAAGAAAAUGCGCUACGCGGUGGCUAUAGCACACCACAGACACUUGCAAAUAGGGACAGGUGUCGUGUUGCACAAUUAGCACUUUAUGAUGGUCCCUUUGCAGACUUGGGGGAUGGUGGCUGCUAUGGUGACCUAUUUUGUAAAGCAUUAAAAACAUAUAACAUGCUGUGCUUUGGAAUUUACCGAUUAAGAGAUGCACAUAUAGGUGCAAGUAGCCAAUGCACUAAACGGUAUGUUAUUACCAACCCUCCAUACGAGUUUGAGCUUGUCCCAACAGACCUCAUCUUCUGUUUGAUGCAGUUCGACCACAACGCAGGCCAGUCAAGAGCAAGUUUAUCACAUUCUUCUCAUUCCUCCCACUCGUCCAGCAAGAAGAGCUCAUCUGUCCACUCCAUCCCAACAGCAAAUAGGCAAAACCGCACCAAGACCAGGGAUUCGCGAGAAAAACAGAAUGCAACAAGGAUGAAUAGAAUGGGCCAAGAAAAGAAAUGGUUUACAGAUGAGCCAGAAAAUGCCUGUCCACGGAACAUUCAUAUCAAGCCCAUGAGCACUCACAUGGCCAAUCAAGUAAAUCAAUAUAAAUCUACAAGCAGCCUGAUUCCACCAAUCAGAGAAGUUGAAGAUGAAUGCUGAGUUCCAGACCCUUGGCAACAAAUGGAAGUUGAGACAUUCUAUGUGAAGGAUGAUGCAGCGUUGUUGUUCCUACCUUGCGUGUUAAACCACUGACAAAAGAUCAAGGAUCAAAAUAUCUUCACAAAAACUAGUAGGGACCCUCCUACGUGUACAUUUAAUAUUUCUUCCAUGCUUUUGGACAAUGUUUUAUAUAUAUAUAUAUAUAUAUAUAUAUAUAUAUAUAUAUAUA